CAGAUUUUCAAAUUUGGCUCCAUUUCAGCGUUAUCUUCUCCAGAAUGUAUGCACUGAUGGAUAGUCGUGUCAUAUCCACCAUCCCACAUAACUCUAAAAUCCCUACAUCUCUGCAACUUUCAACUAAAAUCAAACGGUAAGAGUUUUCUUUCCACAACAUCCUUUUGAUUGAGCUAUAAAUCUGAAAUCAUCCCGCUCCAAGGAAAAUACUAUUCCAGAGUUUCUUCUUCUUUAGAAUCCAUUGCAAAUGGCCAUUUCUCAGUUGCCUUCUUCCAAAGAAUCUAUUAAACCAGCGCCGAGUCAUGCAUCCUUUAAGAGGAAGGCCUUGGUGUUAAAGAAGUCACAAUCUCAGAGGAAUCCCACUGGUUCUCAAUAUCAUCCCUCCAAGGAAGUAUGAAACUUUACCCUUUUACACUUUUUUGGCUGUUGUUUGGAUAAUCAAUCCAUUGUUGCUCUCUGUUGGUUUUGUUUUAUCUGUUGUAUUGGCUUCCCCCAAGAAACUCAUCAUUUAUGUACAAGAGCUGAAGGGUUUUUGUUGAACACAGGGAAAAAGGGACUGUAUUAAGAAGCCUAUCAAAUGUGAUUCUGCAGGCCACAUAGUAAAUAAACUUAAAGCAAGGCUACCCUCUGAUACUCCAAGCUUUGUGAAGCUCAUGAAACCGUCACAUGUUAGUCGUGGAUUUUGGCUGCUGCCAUUGAGGUUCAGUUCUAACUUGUUUGUAACUCACAUAAUCAGGGGUUGGAAAAAGAAAUUUUGUGUAAAAUAUCUUCCCAAGAAUGACGCCCAUGUGUUUUUGGUAGAUGAAGAGGGGGAAAAACACAGAACGAAGUAUCUGUGGCCAAAGAAUGGACUGAGUGGAGGCUGGAGAGGUUUUGCCGUCGAUCACGAGUUGCUUGAGGACGAUGUUUCAGUUUUCCAACUGAUUGAGCCUUGUAAACUUCAGGUGUACAUCAUACGGCGGGGGAUUGGCUCUGCAGAAAUUGAUAAGGCAAUUGUUGUUCCAAAUUCAGAGCUUCAAGCUAAAUCAACUGUUUCUACUGAAACAGCUAUAAUCAAAGAGGAACCUGAAAAUGUGGAAAAUGCUAAGAUGGAGGACUACAUGCGACCUCCUCAUGUGACGAUCCCUCGUCAAGAUUAUUAUAUUUCAGCAAAAGGCAACGAUGGGGGGAGUUUCAAGAAUUUCAAUAUUGUUGCGAAUGGCGUGGUUAUCGACUCAGAGAUACCUACUCAUCUACGAGCCAAAUAUUACGAGUUGUGUUCCAGCCAGAAUGCAUAUCUUCAUUCUAGUCUCUUGGAGGACGUAAACUGCAAGCUGGUAGCUGGUGCCAUUAUUGAAAUCGUUAACAUUUCAGAUGCCAUUAGAGCAGCCAAGGUUACCGCGGACUUGGAUUGCCGUCUCCAAGCUUGGGACAAAGUUGCCAAGUCAUUUGAGGAUUGGGGAAUGACAGUUAGAUUCUUGCGCAAACGGAUAAAGAAGCUUCUCUCAUUUCAUUCUGAAGAACAGCAAGAGAUGAUCCUAUCAAAGAAGAGCGAAAGAGCUCGGCUUGAAACAGAUAUGAGGGAUCUUGAAACCAAGCUUGUAAAUGUAAAGGGUGUUGCUUAG